AUGUUUGUACAUCAUAAUAAUGAAGAUCCUACUGAGACGACGCUUCCUCCGGAUAUGGAACUCAUGGAAGUAUCUACCAACAAUAGAAGCUCAUUGAAUAUGUUAGAGAAUAUUACAAAUAAAAUUUGGAGAAUCUUGCCUGUGAUCAAUAUACCUCAAAGUUGGGUCCUUACAUAUUGUAUGAAACAUACUGAGAUUACUGAAGAUGUUGAAAAAGCAACUAUGCAAUGCCAAUAUGAUGGUACUGAUUGGGAUUGCACAUUUAUCGAAUUGGGUGGAGGACGAGAUGAUUAUAAUAUGGGAAAAAUUGUCUCUUUAUUUCAAACUCUUUCGAAUCGCGGAUUAAGAUUAAAAAUGCUUCAUGCAGCCGAAAUUUGUGGUAAAUUAUGGCAAAAGUAUAAACAAUUUCAAGACAAUAGAUUAAUUCAAAUGCGAUUGAAUAUUGAUAUAAAAAAUAGAGAAAAAAGAUCAAAAAAAAAUUCGAAAAUAUUCGAAAAUAAAUAUUCGAAAGAUUCGAAAAUAACACAGAAAAAUUUAAAGAAAAAUUUAAAGAAGAAAAUAGAAAAGAUACACGAUGAGGAAAUAGAGAAAAAGAGACGAGCAAAAAAAGUGCAAGUUAUUCGACAAAAAUUGACGAACGAGAUUACAGAACUUGAAAAUAAAAAAUCAUUAAAUCCGGAAGAAGAAUCCAAACUUAAUCGAUUACGUUUAACAAUGGUGAAAAAUCCUCACAUCAAUAAUUUAGAAGAAUAUCCUCUAGCAGGAGAUCGAAUGGAAUUAUCUUGUCUUCAAGAAAUAGGGUCAUGUUUAACGCAACAAGUUACAAAAGCUUGCGAAUCUAUCGUUCUCGAUGCAAUCAAAAAAUUAAUGUAA